UUAACAAUAGUCUAGGGACCUUUCUACCAUUAACUCUUCAAAGUUACAGUUGUGUCGUCUCUCUCGCACAAAACAGAGAUAAUUUAGGGUUUAAUCUACUGUGCUAAACCCCAAUCAUCCGCCAUUGCCGUAUAACAAACAUUAGCUAGCGGGCACUUACAUAAAGGAAAAGGAGGCAAUACAACAAGAAUGGCAACGAAUGCAAUGUAUCUUUCUGUGACUAGUCGGCCUUUGCUUUCGAGUCCGGCUACCAUAAAGUCACUACAAGUUAGAUCAUUUACCGUGAGAUGCUCCACUGGUUCUGCCUCCACGGGUGCUGCAGUUUCUGCUCCUUGGAAGCUUGCGGAUGCUAGACUCGUGCUCGAAGAUGGAUCUGUUUGGAGAGCCAAAUCAUUCGGUGCUUCCGGGACUCAAGUUGGUGAAGUUGUAUUUAACACUUCAUUAACAGGGUAUCAAGAAAUUCUUACCGACCCCAGCUAUGCAGGCCAAUUUGUCUUGAUGACCAACCCACACAUUGGCAAUACGGGUGUUAAUAUAGAUGAUGAAGAAUCAAUACAAUGCUUCCUAGCUGGUUUGAUAAUUAGAAGCUUGAGUAUCAGCACGUCAAACUAUAGAUGCACGGAGUCACUUUCUGACUAUUUGUCAAAACGGAACAUCAUGGGAAUAUACGAUGUUGACACUCGUGCGAUUACCCGUCGGUUACGAGAAGACGGAAGCCUGAUUGGUGUCUUGAGCACAGAAGAGUCCAAAACAGAUGAACAACUUUUGGAGAUGUCCCGCACAUGGGAUAUCGUAGGUGUGGAUCUAAUUUCUAGUGUUUCAUGCAAGCAACCUUAUGAAUGGGUUGAAAAAACCGGUUUCGAGUGGGAUUUUAACUCUAAUCGAAGACAUGAGGAGACUUUCCAUGUGGUGGCUUAUGAUUUUGGUAUCAAGCACAAUAUACUGAGGCGAUUGGCAUCUUACGGUUGUAAAAUAACUGUUGUUCCCUCAACAUGGCCUGCAACGGAGACUCUUAAAAUGAAACCAGACGGAGUUCUUUUCAGCAACGGGCCAGGUGACCCGUCUGCGGUUCCGUAUGCUGUCGAGACCGUGAAGGAGAUUAUCGGCAAAGUUCCUGUUUUCGGAAUUUGCAUGGGCCAUCAGUUACUCGGUCAAGCAUUGGGCGGGAAAACAUAUAAAAUGAAGUUCGGUCAUCAUGGUGGAAAUCAUCCUGUUCGCAACGUUAGGAACGGUAGUGUUGAGAUUAGUGCACAGAAUCACAAUUAUGCGGUUGACCCAGAGUCACUUCCGAGUGGAGUGGAAGUAACACAUGUGAAUCUCAAUGAUGGAAGCUGUGCGGGUCUCGCUUUUCCGCAACAAAAACUCAUGUCUCUUCAGUACCAUCCUGAAGCGUCUCCUGGACCUCAUGAUUCAGAUCUUGUAUUUGAUCAUUUUGUGGAGUUAAUGAGACGAGAAAAGCAAAGUUCAUGAGUGGUUUGAGGCAAAUCUUGAUAAAUGGCCCUACAUGAAAAGAGUUUGUACCGAACAAGGAGUUAGUAGCUACAAGCGUAUCCAUGGCUAAUUAUUAUAAUGUUGUGUUUUGUUUUGUUUUGGAGAGACUUUAUGUUUUAUCUGGUAAGAACUAUUAUUACAUGCAUUCCCUUUUAUUAUG